GGUUACAAACAACAAUCACGGUUACAUCGCGACGAAGGGAGCAGGGCGGUGAGAUGCAGGCCAGGCUCGGCACGGCCCCGGCUCCGGCCCUCGGGGCCUCUGCGCAGCGGGGCCACAGGGAGGCCUGCGGGGCGGCGCCGCGGCUUUAGGCGGACGCGCCCGGAGUCGACCAGCGGCGCAGAGGGCAGGAGACCGACAUCCCGACUCUCGCUCCCUCGGGGUUCGGAGGGCCGCGCAGGACCCUGCCUCCGAUCAAGCGCCCGCCCCGGCCUCCCCGGGCGUGAUGUGGGCGGGGAGGCGGGUCUGCGUGAGGAGUAGGCGGUGCAGCGUGGCCCGGCCAGGGGGUGAGAGGGGAGCAGGCGCCGGCGCCCGGGCAGAAGGUGGUUGGUGGGGGGUCGCUGGACGGGAGAAGCUGCUGAGCAGGGAGCCGCGGGCUAAGCCCGCUGUGCCCACGGCCGCUGGAGGGGCGGUGUCGGGGCGGUGUGAGGGGCCGCAGCGGCCCGGCGGAGCCCGAGGCUGCUCCUGUCUUGAGAGCAUGCGGCGGCAGGAAGAGGAGUGAAGAGUCGGCUGUGGCUGCGCCUCCGCGUCGCCUUCUCCUUCCUCGCCAGCGCUUCGCUCUCGCCGGGUGAGGGCGGGCUCCGUGAGGAAAAUGGAGCCGUUUCCAAGCGAUCAAAUUCAGUUACCCAGGAAUAUGAUUGAAAACAGUAUGUUUGAAGAAGAGCCUGAUGUGGUUGACUUGGCAAAAGAGCCUUGUUUACACCCCCUGGAGCCUGAUGAAGUGGAAUAUGAACCAAGGAGCUCCCGGCUCUUGGUGCGUGGCCUUGGAGAGCAUGAAAUGGACGAUGAUGAAGAGGAUUAUGAGUCAUCAGCAAAAUUGCUGGGGAUGUCCUUCAUGAACAGAAGCUCGGGUCUCCGGAAUAACAUGUCUGUCUAUAGACAAAAUCCAAAUGGAUCAUGUUCAGUACCCUGUACGAGGACCAUGGUGGUUUGCACAAUUGUUCUUGUGAUUGCAGUUUCAUUAAUAAUGGCAAUUUAUCUUCUUCCCAAAUGUACCUUUACCAAAGAAGGCUGCCAUAAAAAAAAUCAUACAAUGGAACUAAUAUACCCUUUGGCAAGCAAUGGAAAAGUAUUUCCAUGGGCAAAAAUUAGACUUCCUUCUGAUGUUGUACCACUGCAUUAUGAUCUUGUCUUGCAGCCAAACCUAACGACUCUGAAAUUUACAGGCUCUGUAAAGAUAGUAGUUAACAUCGUCCAGGUAACUUGGAAGAUUAUACUUCACAGCUCAGGACUUAAUAUCACCAAGGCAACCAUUACUUCAGCAGGAGGGCAUCAAGCAAAGCCAGUUGAAUUCCUGGAAUAUCCAUUGCAUGACCAGAUUGCAAUCAUGGCUCCUGAGGCUCUCCUUGUAGGACAGAAUUAUACUGUCAACAUAGAAUAUUCAUCUAAUUUAUCAGAUACCUAUUAUGGCUUUUACAAGAUUUCUUACAAGGAUGAGAAUUCUAAGCAAAGGUGGUUUGCGGCAACUCAGUUUGAACCUCUGGCAGCAAGGUCUGCUUUUCCAUGCUUUGAUGAACCAUCACUUAAAGCUACUUUUUUAAUCAAGAUUAAAAGGGAUGAGAAACUUUCCACUCUGUCAAAUAUGCCAAAGAAAGCCACUACUCCUGUGACAGAUGGAAUUGUUCAAGAUGAGUUUUUUGUGAGCUUGAAGAUGAGCACCUACCUAGUAGCCUUCAUUGUUGCAGACUUGAAAAACAUAAGUAGGGAAACUAAUGGGAGUCAGGUAUCUGUCUAUGCCAUACCGCAGCAUUUAAACCAAGUUGGGUAUGCCCUAAACACAGCAGUGAAACUUCUGGAGUUUUAUCAAAAAUACUUCUUAAUAAACUACCCUCUUGAAAAAUUAGAUCUGGUAGCAAUUCCCGAUUUUCAGUCCGGUGCAAUGGAAAACUGGGGCUUGAUCACCUUCCGAGAAACAACACUGUUGUUUGACAGUAAUACUUCUUCAGCAAGGGAUAAGAAGUUAAUAACUGCAGUGAUAGCACAUGAGCUUGCCCAUCAGUGGUUUGGAAAUCUAGUAACUAUGGAAUGGUGGAAUGAUCUCUGGCUGAAUGAGGGAUUUGCCACUUUCAUGGAGUACUUUGCCAUGGAGGAGGUUUUUCCAGAAUUACAUUCAGAUGAAGAUUUCCUUAAUUUAAUUUUCAAAGCUAUGAUGAAGGAUUCUUUGAAUUCUUCACAUCCAGUCUCUUCUGCUGUUCAGUCUUCAGAGCAAAUUGAAGAAAUGUUUGAUGCACUUUCUUAUAUCAAGGGGGCUUCACUUCUUUUGAUGCUGAAGCACUAUCUGACGAAGGAUGUUUUCCAAGCUGGCAUUGAGGUAUAUUUGCAUAAUCACAAGUAUGGAUCUGCCCGGAGUGAUGACUUGUGGGACAGCAUGAAUGAGAUUACCAAUGGAACAUUAGAUGUAAAAACGCUGAUGAAGACAUGGAUUCUGCAUAAAGGAUUUCCUUUAGUUACUGUUGUUCGACAGGGAAAGAAUAUUUCUGUACAACAAGAGAAAUUUUUGUAUCAUAUGGAAACAGAAAAUUGGACAUCAGAUGCAAGUUAUCUGUGGCAUAUUCCUCUCACCUACAUAACUAGUAGCUGCAACUUUACCCAUUGUACUAAUGCAUAUUUACUGGACCAGAAGUCAGCUGUCAUUGAGCUUCCGGAAGAGGUGGAAUGGAUAAAAUUCAAUGUGGACAUGAACGGAUACUACAUAGUACACUAUGCUGAAGACUGGAAAACGCUGAUUGAUCUGUUGAAAAAUAACCACACUGCUUUGAGUCCUAAAGACAGAGCAAAUUUGAUUAACAAUAUCUUCAACCUUGCAGGUCUAGGAAGAGAGUCUCUGGAAAAGGCCUUUGAGCUGAUUGAAUACCUUAACAAGGAGAGCGGCACUGCACCACUCACUCAAGCUUUGUUUCAGCUGAGUCUUAUAUACAGCCUUUUAGAGAAAAAGGGUGAACAACAUCUGGCAGCACGAGUGAUGUAUAGAAUAGAGCACCUGCUUGGUGAUAAAAUUGAUCAACAGGCUUGGACAGAUGAUGGCACCCUUUCUGAACGAGAGUUACGGUCAACACUGCUAACUUUUGCCUGCAUCCAUGGUAUAAGAAACUGUAGAGCAACUGCCACUGAGAUGUUUGAGAAGUGGAUGAAGUCUAAUGGAACAAUGAGUCUGCCUAGUGAUGUUAUGAAAGCCAUAUUUACAGCUGGAGCCAAAUCUAGUGAUGGCUGGGAAUUCCUCCUAAAGAUGUACUCCUCUUCAGUUUCUGAAGCAGAGAAAAGCAAAAUGAUUGAAGCCUUGGCCAGCACGGAAGAUGUCAGAAAGCUGAUCUGGUUAAUGCAGAACAGCCUUGAAGGAGAAGUCAUCAGGGCACAGGAACUUUCACAUAUCAUAGCAACUGUUAGCCAGAGUUUGCCUGGGUAUUUGCUGGCCUGGGACUUUGUCAAAGAGAACUGGAAAAAGCUUACACGAAAGUUUCACCUAGGCUCAUAUACUAUCCAGAAUAUCAUUAAUUGGUCAACUUCUCAGUUUGCAACAAAGGCACAUCUGCUUGAGGUGAAGUCAUUUUUUGAGUCAAAAUCAGAGGAGAGCUCUCAACUGCGUUGUGUAAAAGAGGCAAUUGACACAAUUCAGUUCAAUAUUCAGUGGAUGGAGCGGAACUUAGCAAAGCUACAAAAACUGCUGUAGUGUGCAUAAUGCUGUGGUGUGUCAGCCAUUUAGGAGCUCUGUGGGCAGUUGCUGUGUUGCUUUUACAAAACCCAGGGUGAAACCAGGCAUCGCUGCAGCAUUGUUUGCACUAUUAAGGAAUCUAGAUAGCUCAGGGCAUGUCUCAGAUAAAUUUUUAUUUUCCUUGGAGCAUUUAUGAGCAAGAUGUAAGUAUUUAUUCUGAAACUGUUUUCAUCUAUAGACCAAACAUCUGCACAAAUUAUUAAAUAUGAGUUUAUAUUUGAAACAUACACCCUUCCAGUUGGAGUUGUGUUGUAAUUUCUUAGCAGUGGUUUAAUGUUGACAAUCAGUGUCAGAAAGAAAGAGUUACCAUGAACUGUUACUACUUUGCAGAUUGCUCCAUGAGCAGUAGAUUUUUUUUAAUGCAAAACUGUAGGUGGUUGCCACAUUUGUAGAUAUAGAAGCUGUUGUGAAACAAAAUCAUACUUCAGAUAUAUAAGUAGUAGUGGAUCUUAUAAAGUACACCAGUUUGAGGUGAAAUAAAUAAGGUUCAAAUUUUAUUUAAGUUUGGAUUUUUUAUUUUCACAGUAUUCCUUAGGAAUUACACACACACACAAAAGUAAUAAUCUCAUGCUAAUAGUAUACACUUUGAUGUAUUAAGUGGCUGGGUAGUAAUAUGGAAAACAAAAACCAGAUAGCAAAACCAAGUGUUUUAAAGAUGGGAUUUCAAGAAACACUGAUGUGACCUUUGAAGUUUUACUUUGAAUUUAUUCGACAUUUUUGGGAAUCUCAUCAUUAAUCAUUGAACUGUAAUUGAUUUUGCUGUAUUGAUCUAUAAGCAACUGCACAAAAUGGCAGAAAAUCACACAAAAUAGGCUCAUCUGUUAGACCAACUACUGAUUUGUGCCCUCUUGACUACUGAUUUUUAAUUUCACCACUUGUUGCAGAGGGUCUGCAAUUAAUAGAUAUGUCAACCACUUCAUUUGACUAAACUUGUUUUUUCCGUGCCUGAUAACUUGCAUAUCACAAUAUAAUUUGUGAACAUUGCUCACUCGUUAUGACAUUAGCUUUAGAAAUGCUUCUCAUUUGAAUUUUAAUGAUUUGUCCUUCUACUAUUGUGAAAAUACUUCUGAGAAAAAUCUUCAAAGUCUUUUCAAAUCUUCAAAGUUCAUCCAUGCAGUCCUCCUGGCAUUUUUGUCUGACUUCCUUUGUUAGGAUGCAUCUCUCCUGAGCUAACAGAAGGUGAUCCUUGACUAUUAACCAGCUUCCUUGGGCCCCUCUUCCCCUCUGAGGCUUUAUUCCAUGGUACUCUGCCAAGCAGACCCCUGGAGAGGCUAAAAUCUGCUCUCCUGAAGUCCAGGGUAGGGAGCUCACUAUGUGCCCUCCUCGCUGCCCUAAGGAUCUUGAACUCCACUAUUUCAUGAUCACUGCAGCCAGGGCUGCCCUUGAGCACCACAUUCCCCACCAGCCCCUCCUUGUUGGUGAGACCACGCAAUGACCAUGAAAUGGUGGAGAAACCUGGUCUCAUGGGAGGUGUCCCUGCCCCUGGCAGGGGGGUUGGAGCUAGAUGAUCUUUAGGUCCCUUCCAACCCAAACCAUUUUAUGAUUCUGUGAUUUAAAAAAGAGUAUCUAAAUCCGUAGUGUACUAUAUUAGAAAGGUGAAAUGUCUACUGUGCAAUCUGCAUCUCUUUCAAAAGCAGUGAAAAAGGCCAUUUUUGAAGUAUAGCAUGUAUAUGCAACACAUGCAAGAGUAAACGUACCUUUUUAUCUGGAGAUCUUUCUAUUCAUUUCAUUACCAAUGCACCUUUUGUAGAUUCAUGCAAGCAAAUUCUGACCUGUUGUUUUCUUAUCAUCAUCCAGUUAUGUGAUCAGUUAUAAACUAUGAUGAAAGCACUAGCAAUUAGAAGUUGUACUAUUUUAAUUGGACUAAUUUAAUUUCAGCUACUGUAAAUUCUAAAGGAGAUAAUAGUUUGAAUUAGAGUUAAAUUAGUGGACUUAAAAAUUUGUCACAGGGCAAUUCAAAUUGAAUGACUUUAUUUAUGAAACUGCAGCAAAAGCUGUUUAUUUGGUUAGCAAAAAUUGUAACCUGUGAUUGCUUAAGCCAUACCAUACUUUUCCCAUCUUUUCAGAAUACCUGUCAAAACUUCUGGAAAAAAAAUUUCCUCAUUUUCCAGCUCACGUUUGAAUUGCAGAUGGCAUUUUUAACCUUGAAAUUAUCAGAAAGAAUGUUAGACCUUUAGAGUGUGUAAACACCUGUUUACCCAAAAGGCCUAGAAAUGAAUAAUUUUUACAUGCACUGAAGAAGGAACUGACAGUAUAAGCAUAAAUCAUACUUCCUUGUAAGUUAUGGUAUUAGAGUUGUAAUUAAGUAUGUUCUUGGAAUUUUUGUACUACCAUAUGUUAUGGCUUCAUUUUCUCCUUUAUUUUAAAUCUUUGGAAUCUCUUCAGAAAUAUUAGUUCCAUCUUUGCAUAUUUUUGUGUGUGUAUAUAUAUAUCUAUAUGUCAUCGCUUCUUCUUUCUAGUCACUUCUUCAUAUUAAAUGAGAAGUCAGUAGUAAA